UAGAAACUGGCAGGUCGCUGUCCACCCGUUCCGGCCACUCCUCCUCUCCUCGUUCCGCAGUCUGAGCUCAAGCUGCUCUGGUUGUGUGUGUCUGUGUGUGUGUGUGUGUGUCGCUGCUGGUCGGAACAUGGCCUCACAGCUGAGGUUCGACGGAAGGGUGGUACUGGUCACCGGCGCAGGGGGAGGACUGGGCCGAGCCUAUGCCCUGGCUUUUGCAGAAAGAGGUGCAUCAGUUGUUGUGAACGAUUUAGGGGGGGACUUCAGGGGAGAUGGUAAAAGCUCCUUAGCUGCUGAUAAGGUUGUUGAAGAAAUAAGAAGGAAAGGCGGAAAAGCAGUGGCCAACUAUGAUUCGGUGGAAGCAGGAGAGAAGAUUGUGAAGACAGCACUGGAUGCUUUUGGAAAAAUAGAUGUUGUGAUCAACAAUGCUGGGAUUCUGAGGGACCGUUCCUUUGCUAGGAUAAGUGAUGAAGACUGGGAUAUAAUCCAUAGAGUUCAUUUGCGGGGCUCAUUCCAAGUGACACGAGCAGCAUGGGAACACAUGAAGAAACAAAAUUACGGAAGGAUCAUUAUGACUUCAUCAAUUUCAGGAAUAUAUGGCAACUUUGGCCAGGCAAAUUAUACUGCUGCAAAGCUGGGUCUUCUGGGCCUUUCAAAUACUCUUGCACUUGAAGGCAGGAAAAGGAACAUUCAUUGUAAUACUAUCGCCCCUUCUGCUGGAUCCCGUUUGACUCAGACUGUUUUACCAGAAGAUAUUUUAGAUGCUCUGAAGCCUGAAUAUGUGGCACCCCUGGUCCUUUGGCUUUGCCAUGAGAGUUGUGAGGAAAAUGGUGGUAUGUUUGAGGUUGGAGGAGGAUGGAUUGGAAAAUUACGCUGGGAGCGGACGCUUGGAGCCAUUGUAAGACAGAGGAAUCAGCCAAUGACUCCUGAGGCAGUGAAGGCUAACUGGACGAAGAUCUGUGACUUUGAUAAUUCAGUCAAACCUCAGAGUGUCCAAGAAUCAACUGUGAGUUUAAUUGAAAUUGUAAGUAAAAUAAAUUCAGAAGAAGGAGUUUCAAGUAAUCAGACCAGUCAUGCAGCAUCAACAGCCACAUCAGGAUUUGCUGGAGCUAUUGGCCAUAAAUUUCCUCCAUUUUCUUCUGCUUAUACGGAACUAGAUGCUAUUAUGUAUGCCCUUGGAGUUGGGGCAUCAGUCAAGGAUCCCAAAGAUUUGAAAUUUGUUUAUGAAGGAAGUUCUGAUUUCUCGUGUUUGCCUACCUUUGGAGUUAUUGUAGCUCAGAAAGUUCUGAUGGAUGGAAGAAUAGCAGAGAUUCCUGGACUUUCAAUAAACUUUGCAAAGGUUCUUCAUGGGGAACAAUACUUGGAGUUAUAUAAACAACUUCCCAGAACAGGAAAAAUUCAAUCUGAAGCAAUUGUUGCUGAUAUCAUAGAUAAAGGAUCCGGUUUAGUAAUUAUUUUUGAUGUCUAUUCUUAUUCUGGAAAGGAACUUAUAUGUUAUAAUCAGUUCUCCAUCUUCAUUGUUGGCUCUGGAGGAUUUGGUGGAAAACGGACAUCAGACAAAGCCAAGUUAGCUUUGGCCAUACCUAAUAGACCUCCUGAUGCUGUAUUUACAGAUACCACCUCACUUAAUCAGGCUGCUUUGUAUCGCCUCAGUGGGGACUGGAAUCCCUUACACAUUGAUCCUAAUUUUGCUAGCCUAGCAGGUUUUGACAAGCCCAUAUUACAUGGAUUAUGCACAUUUGGGUUUUCUGCGAGGCAUGUUUUACAUCAUUUUGCAGAUAGUGAUGUGUCAAGAUUCAAGGCAAUUAAGGUUCGUUUUGCAAAACCAGUAUAUCCAGGACAGACUAUACAAACUGAGAUGUGGAAGGAAGGAAACAGAAUUCAUUUUCAAACCAAGGUCCAAGAAACUGGAGAUAUCAUCAUCUCAAAUGCAUAUGUGGAUCUUGUGCCCACAUCUGAUAUUUCAAUUAAGGUACCCCCUGAGAGUGAGAAGCUUCAAAGUACCUUUGUAUUUGAGGAAAUAGGUCGCCGCAUUAAGGAUAUUGGGCAUGAAAUAGUAAAGAAAGUAAAUGCUAUAUUUGAAUGGCAUAUCACUAAAGGUGGAAAUACUGCAGCUAAGUGGACUAUUGACCUAAAAAAUGGUUCUGGAGCAGUGUAUCAAGGCCCUGCAAAAGGUUCUGCUGAUACAACCAUAAUACUUUCAGAUGAAGACUUCAUGGAGUUAGUCCUGGGCAAGCUUGACCCUCAGAAGGCAUUCUUUAGUGGCCGACUGAGGGCCAAAGGGAACAUCAUGCUGAGCCAGAAGCUUCAGAUGAUCCUUAAAGACUAUGCCAGACUCUGAAGGGCAUCAUGUUAAUGAUAAAAAUAGAAGAAUUAAGUACACUUUUCACCCAACUAUGCUUGGUUAUUCAGCAAAAGUGAUCAAAACUAGAUUGCAGGAGGAAUUGCUUAAUAUUUUCAGAUUUCAGAUAACUUUUCAGAUUUUCAUUUUCUACUAAUUUUUCGUGUAUCAUUAUUUUUACUAGGAACUGUAAGCACAUAAUUAUGCUUCUGUUCUUAGAUCUAUAUCUUUUAAUAAAAACUUUUCACCCAAGUCCAGGUUCUUUAUAAUGCUUUAUGUUAUAGCAUUAUUUAGAUAAUAUAGCAUAGAUUCUUUAGAAUUUAUAAGUUGAAAGGAAAAUUAAAGGAAUAAAAGCUACUUUAAUACCUUUUGCACUUGA